GUCUGUGUUGUUUUGCUGCCCUUCGAUAAUCCACUGGUGUUGAGGUUGUCUGACGUCCACCAUCUAUCGCGUAGUCUCACAAACGACAUGUCUCUUAGGCAACGGUUCAAGGCGCUCGACCAUACAAUUCGCCUCAAAGGUGACGAAGCUCAGCAUGAACAUACAGACGCGUGGAGCAACCGCGACCUGAUACCCCUCCCGCCUUCGAGGAGGACAUGGGGGUGGUUCAACUUCUUCGGGUUCUGGUCCAUUGCGAGCUUGAAUAUAGCAAACUGGCAAACGCCCAACACUUACCUGACCAUGGGGCUAUCCGUCCCGCAAGCUAUGGCGAUCAUCGUCAUUGGUAGGAUUCUGAUUGUCAUCUUCUCGACCUUGAUAGCAUGGGCCGGUUUGAAGUGGCACAUCGGCUUCACCGUGCAGAAUCGAUAUUCGUGGGGUAUGAGAGCGAGUUACAUCCCCCUCCUCCAGCGAAUCCUGUUAAACUUCAUAUGGAAUGCUGUACAAUGCUGGAAUGGCGGUCGUCUCAUCGCGGUGUGUCUCACCGCCAUCUGGCCUUCAUACGCCAGGAUCAAAAACACCUUUGGUCCGAACAUGCCAACAACGACGUACGAGUUUGUCGGCUUCGUCAUCUUCUGGCUCCUGUCGACUCCAUUCCUGUGGCUACGUCCCGAAAAGUUCAAGAUUCCCUUUUUGGUCGUGUGUGUUUGGUGUAGUGUCGGGAUGGUGGCGUGGAUGAUCUGGGCACUCGCAGUCGCAAAAGGCGUCGGUCCGCUGUGGAAUACCGGCCAGCAACUCCCGCAAGGGUCUCCGUGGAGCUCAUCGUGGCUCAUGAUGGCCGGCAUCAACCAGAGUGUCGGAAGUUUGGCGGCAGGAAUCACCAACGGAUCUGACUUUUCGCGCUACGCAUCCGCUCGAAGACACUACUUGAUUGGCGCUGUUACCAGCUGUCUCAUAUCCGGGGUCUUGGUUUCGCUCGUCGGUCUAAUCACUGCUGCUGCCGCACAGAAGAUCUACGGCGAGGUAUACUGGAAUCCCCCGGACUUGCUGAUGGUCAUGAUGGACAGUGGCAAUGGAUCGUCCAAAGCCCGAGCCGGCGUGUUCUUUCUGUCGGCGGGGUUCGCUUUCACCGCCAUGUUCGAGAACAUAUGUGGGAACGCGAUUGCUGGCGGUAUCGACCUCGCGGGGCUUUUCCCAAAGUACAUCGACAUCCGGCGCGGAGCCAUCAUCACGUUUGUCGCUGCUUGGAUCGUUCAGCCAUGGCAGCUGAUCAACAAGGCUACUACUUUCAUCGCCGUCCUUUCGUCGUUUUCGGUCUUUCUAAGCCCAAUCAUUGGCAUCAUGGCCUGCGAUUAUUACCUUUUGCGGAAAAGACGCAUCAAGCUCAGCCACCUCUACCACACAGAUUCAAUCUAUUACUUCUGGAAAGGAGUCAACUGGAGAGCCAUUCCAGCAUGGAUAUGCGGGUGGGCCCCGACCAUCGGUGGCCUCGUAGUAACCGUGCGAAUGGAUCCCGAUCCACCACGAGCCCUAGUGCAGUUGUACUACAUGGCUUUCCUAAUCGGUUUCUUCAUCAGCGCGAGUGUUUUCUACACCCUCAACCUGCUCUUCCCUGUACCCGACAUGGCCCAGGUAGAUGAUGUGGAUGUCUAUGGUACAUUCACCCCCGCGGAAGCCCGGCGCAUCGGAGUCACGCCACUAGACGACGAUACAUCUAUUGGACAUGUCAAUGUCCACGACAACCUGAAGGUGUGAGCGUCCAGUCAGAUCUCCAGCUCCGAUGAACCACGUGAGUGAUAAUUUAACAUUCGUGAGGCCGCCAAUCGCCUAAUCAUAGAAAUUUGCUCUCUAAGAGCACGCAUAAGAAGUUCUGUAAGAUGGGAAUCGGGUAUGUCUGGCAUGCUGUGGCUGAGCCGCUUGGGUGUUGUUCGCGCGUAGCUAGGAAUAUCGCAAUUCGCACCUCGCACUCGCACCACGCAGCCCCCACAUCUUUGCUUACGGUAGAGCCUCAUUACGGCGCUGGAGUCCCAACGAACUCGAGCUAUCGC